AUGGGUCCAGGCGCAGCAGCCAGCGGACCAAUGGGCGUGCUGUGUGCUAACAUUGGACAAGAUGAGGACUUCGAAGAAGCAAGCAAGAAAGCCCUCUCCCUUGGAGCCAAAAAGAUUUACAUUGAAGAUAUUAGGCAAGAGUUUGUGGAAGAAUUCAUCUGGCCAGCUGUCCAAGCCAACGCCAUCUAUGAAGACCGCUACCUUCUUGGCACUCCCCUGGCCAGACCCUGCAUUGCCCGGAAGCAGAUGGAAAUAGCUCAGAAGGAAGGAGCCCAGUAUGUUUCCCACGGAGCCACUGGCAAGGGUAAUGACCAGAUUCGAUUUGAGCUCACCUAUUAUGCCCUUUGCCCGCAGAUCAAGGUCAUUGCUCCCUGGCGAUUGCCGGAAUUCUACAGCCGCUUCCGAGGGCGGAGUGACCUGAUGGAGUACGCCAAGAAGCACAGCAUCCCAAUCCCAGUGACACCCUCCAAUCCCUGGAGCAUGGAUGAAAACCUCAUGCACAUCAGCUACGAGGCCGGGAUCUUGGAGAACCCCAAGAACCAGGCACCUCCUGGACUCUAUACCAAGACAACUGAUCCUGCCACAGCUCCCGACACUCCUGACAUCUUAGAGAUUGAAUUCAAGAAGGGUGUCCCCGUCAAGGUCAUGAAUGUCAGCAAAGGGACCACUCGCCAGGCGGCCCUUGAGCUCUUCCUUUACUUGAACGAAAUCGCCGGCAAGCACGGAGUCGGGCGCAUUGACAUAGUGGAAAACCGGUUUAUUGGGAUGAAAUCUAGAGGUAUCUACGAGACCCCAGCGGGGACGAUCCUCUACCAUGCUCAUUUAGACAUUGAGGCCUUCGCUCUGGACCGGGAAGUGCGGAGAGUCAAGCAGGGCCUCGCCUUGAAAUUCGCAGAACUGGUGUACAAUGGUUUCUGGUGCAGCCCAGAGUGUGCCUAUAUCCGCCACUGCAUUGCCCGGUCCCAGGACCUCGUGGACGGAAAGGUUCGGGUCUCCGUCUUCAAGGGUCAAGUCUAUGUUUUGAGCAGGGAGUCCCACCGGUCUCUGUACAAUGAGGAACUUGUAAGCAUGGAUGUCCAGGGGAAUUACGAGCCAUCGGACGCCACCGGAUUCAUCAACAUCAACUCCCUCAGGCUGAAAGAAUAUCAUCGACUCCAAGGCAAGGUCAGCUCAGCUCAGAACUAGCAGCAAUCAACGUGUGGCGG